ACUGUCACAAGCUAGGACAUUUUCAAUGGGAAUGUCAAAGCAAGGAGAAGGAGACAAACUAUGCAGAGAGUCAAGAAGAGAUGUCGCUGAGGCUUACGUGAAUAUGAAUAAGGCCAAUAGAGAAGAUAUGUGGUUCCUUGACUCGGGAUGUAGCAAUCAUAUGUGUGGGAAGAAGGAAUAUUUUUCAGAUUUUGAUGGAAGUUUCAGAGAUUCAGUGAAGCUGGGCAACAACUCAAGCAUGGUUGUAACUGGAAAGGGUAAUGUACUGCUGGAAGUGAAUGGAAUCAUAAUGAUAAUCACAGGAGUGUUCUAUGUGCCAGACCUGAGGAACAAUUUGUUGAGUAUUGGUAAAUUGCAAGCAAAGGGGUUACCUUUUUGUUUCAAAAUGGAACAUGCAAGGUGUUUCAUCCUGAGAGAGGCUUAAUCAUGGAGACAAAGAUGUCUUUGAAUCGAAUGUUCGUAUUGCAUGCUAUAUCUCAGCCUGUAGCAGCCGUUCAAACUCAAUUGAAACUUAUGGGGAAAAGUGGUUCAAGGUCUCUGUCGUACACUUACCGCUCCAAUUCCUAUCGCCAUAGUCAGAGAAGUAGAAGGGACCCAAGUUCUUCCCCCUAUCAUUCCACUACCAAUUCUAGGAGAAGCAGCCGUUCAAGUUCCCUCAGCCGCCAACGCAGAAGUAGGUCUUCCUCGUUAUCUCCUUUCCCCAAAUCGUCCAGUUCCAGUCCUAGUCGUGCAUCCACUGAUCGGAAUCAUUCCAUAGAGAAGCUUAAGAAAGAGGAAGAAGAGAAGAAAAGGCGUGAAACAGAGUUGAAGAAGUUAGAAGAAGAUGCAACUAGGAGGAUGGAAGAACUAAUUCAGAAGAAUGUUGAAGAAAGGCUAAACUCUGAAGAGACUAAAUUAGAAAUACAGAGACGAAUAGAGGAAGGUCGCACGAAGUUGUUUGAUGAUGUUGAUGUGCAGCUUGAGAAAGAGAAAGAAGCCGCUCUUACUGCUACAAGACAAAAAGAAGAACAAGCACGAAAAGAGAGAGAAGAGCUAGAUAAAAUGCUGGAAGAGAAUAGAAGAAGGGUAGAAAAAGCACAGCGACGAUUAGUUGUGGAGCUGCAGCGAAGGAAAGAAGAACAAUAUUGUGAGCUCGAGUUGAUUCAGAGACAAAAAGAGGAGGCAGCUCAGAGAACUAAGCUAGAUGAUAAGAGUUUGAGUUAUGUUUUGCUGGGUGUUAGUGAAGAGUCAAAAGUUUACAGACUCUAUGAUAUAGAAGCGGCAGAUGAAAAUAAUGAUAUAGAAGCGACAAAUGAAAAUACUGCAGAGGAAAAUAUUUCAUCUGGCUCUUUGGCUGAAGCAAGCUGUCCUAGCUCAAAUAAGGCGAGGAAUAAGAGAUCACCAGUCUGGAUGAGAGACUAUGCAAUAGGAGAAGAUUUUUGUGAAGAUGUUGAUGAAGCAGUCUAG